CACGAGACUAUAGCCUAUACUUUCGGUUUUGAUUUGUUUUUAAUGUCGUCGAACACGCAAAUGGUUUUACAAAGUUUUGACACCUGAACAUUAGACCCCCGCAGAACUUUCUCCAUGUUUUCAAAUCUUCUGCGGCUGCUGUUCUGCUUUAUCUGUUACAGUGGAACCCCUCGUGCAGGAACUAAACUUGUACAUGUGACAGGAAAAAAAGGGGACAGCGUCAUCCUGCCGUGUGAAUUUGAGGCCACACAGAUUUCUCAUUAUCAUUUAAGCAGUUGGUCAAAAACGAUCUAUGUUUGUCAGAAUGAAGAAUGUGAAAGUGAAAAUGGACGAGUAUUUAAACAAGGAAACUGUGACGUCGUCAUCAAGGAUCUGAGCUUCAGUGACGCAGGGAAAUAUGUUUUGAGAGUGAAUUACAAUAAUGCUCAGUCAAUGCUGGAGCGACUGACCCUGGAGUACUAUCUUCAUAUUCAGGAUGAGAUUUCUGUGAAAAUGGGUGAGGAGCUGAAGCUUGAUGUUCUGUUGACCAAUACUGAAAAAGUUGUGCAUCAGAACAAAAUCAGCACAGAGUGGACGGAGGUCUGGAAGAGAAGAGCUGGGGUCAGGAGCGAUCAGUUGACUGUCAGAGAUGGAAACCUGAACAUUAAUGCGUUAACCUUCACUGAUGCAGGGACAUACAGAGUUCUGGACUUUGAUGAUGAAAUCUUGAUCACAGUGACAGUCACAGGAUCCGGUACAGACUCAAAGGGAAACCAAACAGAUGAUGACAAAACUGAUGACACUAAACAAGUUUCUGUACUUGACUGGAUUAUGCGUGUUGGAAUGGGUUUUUCUGUGUUUCUACUUGGUCUGGUUCUGAUUACAUUCAUCAUCAGGAAUCCCCAACCGGUACACUAUGCAUUUUACGGUUAUAAUAAUUUCAGACAAUAUAUGUUGUCGAACUAAUGUGGUUCAAACGACGGAGAUGUGACCGUGUUCGGGAAGCAGUCGUUACUAGUUCAUUUCCACAACAAUGCAUCAUACUUUGGUGGUUAAUCAGUGAGUUACCUCGUUACAAGAAACACACCCCAGAUCAACAGCUCUGCAAAGGAUUCUGUCAACAUAUGUCUGAAAUAUUGAAGUUUGUUUGCAUCAAUGUUUAUUUCUUUUAUGUUUAUCACUGUAAAGUUGUUUUGAAGUAAUCUGUAUUAUAUGAUCUGUAUUGUAUCUGUAAUUUUACAUUUAUAUUUAAUAUUGCAUGAGGAAGAGUCCUCACUUUUCCUAAAUUAUCUUCAUCUUCA